UCGAAUUUUCCCUUUAUAAAUACUCCAAAUCUACCACAAUUUCAAUUAAUUGAAAUCUCAAAAAAAAAACCUUAUUAUCUCCCUCCUAUAAUGGAUACCAUCGUUAACCAUACAUCUGAAACCCUAGAUUCUGCGGGUCCGGAUCCUGCAAACGGUCAACCCGAUAGCCUCUCAAAAAACCCGUCGAUUCAGAAGCCAUUAUUAUCAGGAAACGGUUUGACAAACAGCACCGAAAAGGAUGUCGCUUCAGGUGGCGAUGAAGACGAAACAAGUAGUAUCAGAAAACGUAAGAAAAAAAGCAGGUGGGACCCACCUCCGACAGAAGACAAUAACGGGACCGAAACGACAACCAGAAAGAGGAAAUCGAGAUGGUCAGACGAUGUUCCUGUGUUACCUAAUAAUAAUAAUGGUUUGCUUAAUAAUCCAAUGAUGAUUCAACUCCCUGAUUUCAUGAAAGAUUUCACUGCAGGUAUCGAACUCGAUCCCGAAAUACAAGUACUUAAUACUAGGCUGUUAGAAAUUAGUAGGAAGUUUCAAUCUGGUUUGCCUUUAGAUGAUAGACCUGAAGGUGCUAGAUCACCUUCUCCUGAGCCUGUUUAUGAUAACAUGGGUAUUCGUAUUAAUACUCGAGAGUAUCGAGCUAGGGAACGUUUGAAUAAGGAACGACAAGAGAUUAUUUCUCAGAUUUUGAAAAGGAAUCCGUCUUUUAAGCCUCCUGCGGAUUAUAGGCCGCCUAAGGUUCAUAAGAAGCUUUAUAUUCCUAUGAAGGAGUACCCUGGUUAUAAUUUUAUCGGACUUAUUAUUGGGCCGCGUGGGAAUACGCAGAAGAGGAUGGAAAAGGAGACGGGCGCGAAAAUUGUGAUUAGAGGUAAAGGGUCUGUGAAAGAAGGGAGGCUACAGCAGAAACGUGAUUUGAAACCUGACCCGUCUGAGAACGAGGAUUUGCAUGUUUUGGUUGAGGCUGAUACGCAGGAAGCGGUUGAUGCUGCUGCUGGUAUGGUGGAGAAGCUUUUGCAGCCGGUCGAUGAAGUGCUUAAUGAACAUAAGAGGCAGCAGCUUCGGGAGCUUGCUGCGCUUAAUGGGACUAUCAGGGACGAAGAGUAUUGUAGGUUGUGUGGUGAGCCUGGACACCGACAGUUUGCUUGUCCGUCUAGAGGUUCGACUUUUAAAAGUGAUGUUUUGUGUAAAAUCUGCGGGGAUGGUGGGCAUCCGACUAUUGAUUGUCCGGUUAAAGGGUCGACUGGUAAGAAGAUGGAUGACGAGUAUCAGAAUUUCUUGGCUGAGUUGGGAGGGACGGUUCCUGAAUCAUUGAUCAAGUCAAGCUCUUCAACUCUUGCUCUUGGCCCGGGUAGUUCAGGAACCAAUCCUGCUUUGACAGGUGCAAGUGCCGCGACAAGUGUGCUGAAACCUUCGUUGAAGGAUUAUGAUGAAACGAAUUUGUAUAUUGGGUACUUGCCACCUACUUUAGAUGAUGAUACGUUGAUUCAAUUGUUUUCACCUUUUGGUGAGAUUGUGAUGGCUAAGGUUAUUAAGGAUCGUAUCACGGGGUUAAGUAAAGGAUACGGUUUUGUGAAAUAUUCAAAUGUUCAACAAGCCAAUACUGCUAUUGCUUCCAUGAAUGGUCAUCAUCUAGAUGGGAGAACAAUUGCUGUUAGAGUUGCCGGAAAGCCCCCUCAACCAACAGUUCCACCAGGUCCUCCCGCACCUCCAGCUGCUAGUGCUCCUAUUGCUGGUACACCCCCGGGAGCAUAUAGUGCCAAUCCGGUUCCUUGGGGUCCACCUCCUAAUUAUGCGCCAUACCCCCCUCCACCACCCGGUUCCGUCAUGUACCCUCCUGUCAUUAGUCAGCCAUUACCACCCCCUUAUGGGGUGCAAUACCCUACAUCAGUAUCAUCUGUUGGCACUUCAUUAGCCGCUCCUUCUGGUGAUAUGUACACUACCGGAGUUCCACCAAGUGUUCAACAUGUGUACCCAUCAGCUACAUAUGGUGCAUAUGCACCAUAUUAUGGUGUACCUCCUUCUCAUGCACCUACUCCCCCUCCUACUAAUAUCAAUAUGCCUCAAUCAACGGUUGACCAUUCGCAGAUCAUUGCAAAUGCUCCAUGGGCAUCAAAUCAUGCUGUUCCUCCUCCGCCGACCAUACAAACUGAGACAAAUGCAUCCACCGCAGAUACUGAAUUUGAGAAAUUCAUGGCAGAGACAAAAUGAGCGUAGUGUUUUGUCUCCUUCAGGUUGAAAGGCAUGCUUUCUUGGAGCAAAUUUUCACAUCAUUUCUUAUUGUUGGAAGUUUGGGACUCACAACUCUAACUUGCUAUGCUGUUCUGAAAUGUGCAGAGAGCUCUGAUGUUGAAGUCCUUUAGUCUUAUGGUGGUGUAUUCAUUGGCAUGAGUUACUUUGUCUGUGUUCUUUUGUGGGAUUUAUCAUUUUUUUUCUGUUUUCUAGCUUUUCAUCUCUACAGGGUGUGGUCUUUGAUGUGGAUGUCCAAGGACUAAUGACUGAUGAUUUGUUGUUUUUUCUUAUUAUUACUUUUUGUUUGCUGAUGUAAUAAUUUCAGUUACAGGGGGAAGCAAGCUCUGUAUUCAAGCCGAAGUCAUUAGGGCUUUUGAAGGUAAAUAGAGGGAAGUAGUUUUAGGAACCUUAGAGGAGAAAUACAUAUACUCUAAAACGGUUAAAUAGAUUUUUGACUUCACUCAAGUUAAAUAAGUUUUGGUUGGCUAUUGUUAUUUAUACCUUCAUUAUCUUCAGCAAA